AUGUCUCUCAGAAUAGAGGGGGCCCAGUGUGGUGGUGUUGCUGUGGAGUUUGACAAUGAUAAUGACAGAGAUUCACCUGUGAUCAAAGUCAGGAAUAUACCACGUUCAGCCCUCAUCUACCUCAAGGGCCCCAAGUUCCUCAUCUAUGUGAGCGGAGCGUUAUCUAUGUGGGGUGAUCGCAUGUGGCAUUUCGCUAUCUCUGUCUUCCUGAUUGAGCUGUAUGGCCAUAACCUGCUGUUAACUGGCAUCUUUGGACUGGUGGUGGCCGGAUCGGUGCUCUUAUUAGGGGCUUUGAUUGGAGACUGGGUUGACCGCAACCCAAGAAACAAAGUGGCCCACGGUUCCCUAUUUAUUCAGAAUAUCUCAGUGACUGUCUGCAGCAUCGUGCUCAUGUUGGUAUUCUCAUACAAAAAGCGGAUUGAGGAAAUCUGGGAUGGGUGGCUAACUGUGGUUUGUUAUAUGGUGGUGAUCGUCCUGGCAAAUGUGGCAAACCUCGCCAGCACAGCUCUCACCAUUGCCAUCCAGAGGGACUGGAUAGUGGUGAUCACAGGCUACAACCGUGGCCAUCUCGCAGGAAUGAAUGCUACAAUGAGGCGGAUCGAUCAGGUGACCAACAUCCUGGCUCCACUGGCAGUGGGUCAGGUAAUGACCCUGUCCUCUAAUGUGGUUGGCUGUGGCUUCAUCUUAGGAUGGAAUCUGGUGUCCCUCAUUGUAGAGUUCAUCUUCCUCUCCAGAGUCUACCGGAUCGUACCAUCGCUGUCCAUUAAACCGCCAGCUAUGGAACAUCAAAGCUAUUUAGAGAAGAAAAGAGAAAGAAAACGCUCACAAGGCAGGACCUCAGCAUGUCCAGCUGCUGCCAUCUCUGAGGAAAACACCAGCAUGCAUUUACAAAAAAUAAGCGGAACAGCAGUGUGCCUUCAUCGGCUGCAUGGGCUCCUCAGCACCUGCCGGGAAGGAUGGAGGGCGUAUUAUAGACAGCCUGUUUUCCUAGCCGGCCUGGGCCUGGCCUUCCUUUACACCACAGUGCUGGGCUUCGACUGCAUCACCACCGGCUAUGCCUACACCCAGGGCAUCAGUGGCUCGCUGCUCAGCAUUCUGAUGGCCUUGUCAGCUGUGGCGGGGCUUUUGGGUACUGUGCUUUUCACAAAGCUGCGGAAAACAUGUGGCCUGGUCAAUACUGGGGUCAUUUCCAGCGGUCUGCACCUAGUUUGCCUGUUGCUUUGUUUGUGCUCCGUGUUUGCCCCCGGUAGCCCAUUGGACACCAGCUUGCUAAAUAUCGGGAAUGCGUCAGAUGUGGGUGGGAUGACCGGAGGUCAACAAAGGCACGGAUACCCACUGCGUGGAAGCAACAACCAGCCUCUGCUGCCAGACCGUUCCUCCAUUCACUGGACCAAUAACACUGUGCUGUUUGAGAACGCGCCCGCAGGGACAGGCCCCGAAUCUUUUGUCUCCAUCAUCCUGCUGUUCCUUGGAGUUAUCACAGCUCGAGUUGGUCUCUGGUCCUUUGACCUGACAGUGACUCAGCUCUUGCAGGAGACCAUAUGUGAAUCAGAGCGUGGGGUUGUGAAUGGAGUCCAGAGCUCCAUGAACUACCUGAUGGACUUGCUGCACUUCAUCAUGGUCAUCUCUGCACCCCAGCCACAACACUUCGGCAUCCUUGUCAUCAUCUCCAUCCUAUUCAUUUUCACGGGACACACCAUGUACUUCCUGUAUGCCAGAAAAGUCAAGAGGAAACCACGUACAAACACAUGACCCUGAUAGCACAUGCAUAUCACAGAGAUGUCUAUUUGAUGCCUGCAUUUACAUCUGCAAGACGUUUUUUUAAAGUGUUUGUUCAUUCCUAUUAGAUGUCAAACAGACGUUUAGAAAAUGUCUGUUUUUUUUUUUUUAUGAUUUAGAAUGUAUGUAAAAAUACUGACAUCUUAGAGACAUCUUUCAGAUGUUUGUAAACAGCAAAUGCUUUCCAGAUUAAGCGAUCUUUAACAGACAUCUUGCAGAUGUACGUGUGCUAUCUGGGAAGCAAUGCAAAUAUCUCUCAUGAAUAUGUCUCAAUCCCUGCUCUGUGCCUGCACGUAGAACCAAAAUCCUACAGGAUCUUUUUUGUAAGGGGUAAAUAUUAAAUGCACUCUAUCCAGCUCAGUGUAUUGUAAAAAGGUGUCACAAUGAUCUCUUUGGAAGAAAGAAAGUGUUUGGCACAGCGCAGUACUCAGGUGAACAUAAUCAGGAAAGAGCGACUCCUGUUGCCAGUCAAAAGGUACACCAUCAUAAGAGGCAAGCUUUCCUGGAAGUUAAUACAAGUCUUAAAACGUUCAGUAUUACAACAAGAACAUACUGUAACUGAACAUAGCUGACACAACAUGUUUUCAUGGAUUAUUAGCUAAGUGUACACCUUUUUGUAAAUCUAUUUUCACAUUUGUCAGCUAAACACAAACAGCAUGCCAUCACCAGUUCUUAAUAAAAAGACAAUAAAUGUCUUCUUUUUUCAAGAUAACUUGGUAGUCUUGAAAACUGGUACUUAGCACACAAACUACAAUUCUCAGACAAAAGCUGAUUUUUUUACAGAAUAUAAAAGGAAUAGCUCGUUUAUUAUUUGUGCUUUUAACUGACUGGUUAAUCUUUUAGUUUUAUCGCACACUUUUCAAGUGAAAAAUUCUUGAGUUUUAACAAGACUGUGGACUAUCUGUUCUCUGUUUAUAUCAUGUAUAUGUAUAAGUAUCGUGUCAAGGACUUUUAGUUGACUACUUUAACUGAGUCUUUCUACAAAAUGGAUAAAUCUUAUACCUCAGAACUUAACUUUUAUCUACUGAACUCUAGCUUGAACUUAUUUGUUUGUUGUAACUACAGAAGUAAUGGUUCACAUACAGUAUAUGUACAGUACUCAGACUACAUUGCAUCCGUUUCAACUGUGGCAAUAAUCUAUUAUUAUGGAUUAUGAAACAUUUUAUUUCACAGAUUAUUUUUACUGCUGAAAUGUUUACCUCCU